AUGACAUUAGAGUUACCUUCAGACAUUCCACUGACCAUACCUGCAAACACCAAGAUAUACAAAGAUGAUUGCAUGUAUUCUUUUGAUACACCAGAGAACAAUUUGUUAGGGUUGGAUAUUGAUCUCAAAACAUAUCGAGCUUAUUCUCGAAACAAGGAUUUUGAUUAUACCAAACAAAAUUUUGAAAAAACUGGUAAUCAUUUGUAUUUAAAUAUCAAAAAAACUUUAAAACCCCAAGAAGAGAGAAACAAAUUAUUGUAUGACGAUAAUGGUGAAAAAUCUCCAAAGAUACAGAAAUUGGAAAUUAAAAAUGUGUCCAAUGAUGAUUAUUACAACACCGAAAUAACUAUUUAUGAUAUUAAAGACGAUAGAAGUUAUAGUAGAAGUGAAUUGAGUGAAGAAUUCAACAAUUUGAUUGACUCGAUUCUUUCUGCAAAUUCCUCUGCCACUGAAGACGAAAUUAAACAAUGGGAGCAAGAAAUUGUUCCUUGUCCCCAUUCAAUUGAUGUUGAACAAUUUGACACUGGUAAUUUGGAUUUGACCAAGUGCAGUCAAUGUGAUUUGCGUGAAAAUCUUUGGAUAUGUUUGCAUUGUGGUGCUUUAGGGUGUGGUAGACAACAAUAUGGAUCAACUUUAAAAGGUAAUGGACAUGCAUUAGCUCAUUAUGAAUUAGCUCAACACCCGGUAGCAAUAAAAUUGGGAUCAUUAUCAGCUGAUUCUGAAAGUUGUGACGCAUAUUGCUAUCAAUGUAACGAUGAAGUCAAGGUCCCACAUUUGGGAGAGAAGUUACAUAAAUUCGGUAUUGAUUUGAAUACUGCAGUAAAGACCGAGAAAUCAUUAAUUGAAUUGAAUAUAGACCAAAACUUGAAUUGGGAAUUUAAAUUAGAUGGAGCCAAUGGUGAGAGAUUAGAACCUGUAUACGGCAAGGGUUUGACUGGUUUACAAAACUUGGGUAAUUCUUGUUAUAUAAACUCAGUGCUUCAAGCACUUUAUUCAUUAAACGGAUACCAAGAGUACUUUAAGGAUAAAAAGUUCCCUGAUAUAAACAAUCCGGCAAUUGAUUUAACAAGUCAAUUAAUCAAACUUUAUGAUGGGCUACAAAGUGGAAGAUAUUCCGUCCCAGGUUCAUUGAAGGGUGACGACUACCAAUUAGGAAUCAAACCUUCUACAUUCAAAAACUUAAUUGGUGAAAACCAUCCAGAAUUUAAAACUCAGCGACAACAAGAUGCAUUUGAGUUUUUGUUGUACUUUCUUGACAAAGUGGAUACCGAAUUGGGAUUGAAACUAAAUGAGGAAUUAAAAUUCUUACUUGGUACUAAAGUCAUCUGCGCCAAUUGUUCUCAUGGAACUUUGUCGAAUGAUUUGGUUGACAAUAUCUCUGUCCCAUUGGAAGCUGAAGUGAUUGGGAAAGAUGAAGAUGGUAAAAAGACUUAUAAAGAAGUUGAAUUAAUUGAUAGUUUUAAAAAGUAUACCGCCAAAGAAGAUAUUGAAGGAUACAAAUGUGAAAAUUGCCACCAACAACCUGGUUUAGCAUACAAACUGACAGGAUUCAAAACAUUCCCAUCAACCUUGAUUGUAAAUGUUCAAAGAAUUCAAUUGGAAAAUUGGGCUCCAGUAAAAGUCGAUGUCCCAAUUACAAUACCUUAUAAUUUGGACUUGACUGAAUUCAAAGCUCCUGUAUUUGAAACUGGGGAAGUUGGAUCCAAACAGAAACAACCAGAGUCGGAGAAUAAUACGUUUGUUCCCAAUGAAGAAGGGAUGACAACCUUAUUGAGUAUGGGGUUCCCAGAACCUAGAUGUCUCAAAGGUUUAUACCACACAGGUAAUAGUAAUGCAGAAGAUGCUAUGAAUUGGAUUUUUGCUCAUAUGGAUGACGCCGAUAUCGAUGAUCCAUUUAAUCCAAAUGAUUCUCACGCUUCAACGAACGAUUCUGGUCCAUCACAAGAUUUGGUUGAUAAUGUAGCGGCAAUGGGAUUUUCCACUCAAUUAGCAAAAAAAGCAUUGGUAUUGAACAAUAAUGAUAUUAGUGCUGCUGUUGAAUGGUUAUUUGCCAAUCCUGACGAUGAUGGAGUUCUUGACAACAACCAAAGUAAUCCAGUUGUCAAUGUGAACCAAGAAAAAUCAGAGUUAAUAACAAAACUAAAUGCAUCUACUCAAUCCAAUGGCAAGUACGAGUUGCAAUCAGUUAUAUGUCACAAGGGUACAUCUCCACAUACUGGUCACUAUGUUGUUUUUAUUAAAAAACUUAUUGAUAAUGAGUAUAAAUGGGUAUUGUUUAAUGACGAAAAGGUGGUCGUUUGUGAUGAUGCCAAUUUACAAGAUAUCAAGAAUAAUGCCUACGUGUAUGUAUUUAAAAAGGUAGAGUAA